AUUCAUUUGAGCCAGGGCAAAACCUGUCGGAUUAGAGUUAUCGUCCUUCACAAAAUGGCAUCUAUGUUUUGCAAAGAGAGGGAAUAGACAUGUUUGCAUAUAACAGUAACAACAUUAGCCUGAUGCCUGAAGAUGUGGAUUUAUGGAAAAAGCAAUGAGUUCAGUGUCGGGUAUUGUCACCAACACUUCUCCAACUAAAGCAGUGAACGGUUCCCCAGGGGGCAGCACUUUCAGACCAGCCACGUUUGCUGAGACUAUCAGCCAACUGGAAAACCAGAUACUGCGUUUGGGAUCAGGACCCCACACUUCACAACAGAAGGAGGAGUUGGCAAAGUUAAAUAAUUUUCUACAGCGAACAAAAGCAGAACAGCAGAAGGUUAUGGCUGCCAGCAAGCAUCCAGGCGACAAUACAAUGGUUUUGUCAAGCUCUCCUAUGGUAACCGUUUCACCACAGUCUAAUCUGUCAUCUCGUCCGCCCACCACGGGGACUGCAAAUGGGGUAGCGUCGGGUGAAGGCAGAGUUUUAGAUAAAAGAAGACUUCAGGAACUAGUGAAGGAAGUCGAUCCUCUGGAACAGUUGGAUGAUGAUGUGGAAGAGGUGAUGCUCCAAAUAGCUGAUGAUUUUAUUGACAAUGUUGUGACGGCAGCUUGUCAAAUAGCAAAACACAGAAAGUCCAAUACCCUGGAGGUAAAGGAUGUUCAGCUACAUCUCGAGAGAAACUGGAACAUGUGGGUGCCAGGUUUUGGAUCUGAAGAGGUGAGACCACUCAAGAAAUCUACAGUGACAGAAGCCCACAAACAGAGGCUGGCUUUGAUUCGAAAGACACUCAAGAAAUACUAGAAAUACUGCACUGUGUUAAAGGCUCACGUUCUAGUGAUCAAUACAAGACAUUGGUAGUGAACAUUUUAUACUGCAUGAAUAAAAUAAUAUGCAUUUCA